AUGAUGACCAAACUCGCAAUCAUCCUGUCAGCUCUUGUGCUGCUCAAUGGCGUUUGCGGUUCUUUCCUCAACGUCAUGAACAAGUGCAACUUCCCAAUCUACUGUUUGGGUGCCCGUAGCGAUCCUCCACUGGAUACCAAUCUGUACCAAAUGGAACUGGCCGUCAACGGAACAUCUGGACAGUCUUGGCUCGACCUCUCGAUCGUCAACGGCCAACCUUUCACCGACUACGAGCGUGCGGCUUACUUUCCUUCUGUGGGAUCUGCUUGCACCCAGCUCAAGUGCCGCCCUGGUGACCACUCUUGCGAGUGGUGCCCUAAUGUGGGACAAACGACCUGCAAUCCUCCGACUUACAUUGUCUGCAACACUGCAAUUUCUGAUGCUUGGAUGUACCUCUGUUCUUCCAGCGGCCGAAAGGAUAUCGUGGGAAACAUGGAGCGUCCUGGCUAG